UGGGUGGGCGGUGAUUGGCUGCGCGAGGGCGUGCGUGCCGGGUCCCGCCCCCCUGCCACGUCCGUGCGGCGCCUGCGGCGGAGCCGGUGCGGGCGGCCGUUGGAGCCGUUGCCUCGUGCGCGCGGGCGGCCGUUGGAGCCGAGCACCUGUUGCAGCCAUGAUGCCUGUUGCAACUGUGAUGCCUGACGACACACCGAUGUUUGACCCAAAUAUCCUCCACGAGCUUGACUGGAGCGAGAACACGGCGACAUUUUCUCCAGCCAUUUCUCCUUUAGAUCCAGGAGAUGGCCUAGUUAUGAGACCGCUUUGCACAGCUGAUUUAAAUCGAGGCUUUUUUAAGGUUCUGGGUCAGCUGACUGAAACUGGAGUUGUAAGCCCAGAGCAGUUUAUCAAAACAUUUGAACACAUGAAGAGAUCUGGAGAUUACUAUGUUACUGUUAUAGAAGAUACAAAUCUUGGACAGAUUGUUGCUACAGCAACGCUGGUUAUAGAACAUAAGUUCACUCACUCCUGUGCAAAGAGAGGAAGGAUAGAAGACGUAGUAGUAAGCGGGGAAUGCAGAGGAAAGCAGCUUGGUAAACUAUUAACAUCCACCCUUACCUUGCUCAGUAAAAGACUGAACUGUUACAAAAUUACUCUCGAGUGUCUGCCAAAAAAUGUGGCUUUCUAUAAGAAGUUUGCUUAUUCGGUAUCUGAAGAAAAUUACAUGUUUCAACGGUUCUUUAAUUAAGAACUUAGAGUAAUUUUUUUUUUUUUUGUAAGGACUGUUGGUGGAGGAGCUUGUGCGACGAACAUUCUCUUUGUGGAAAAUUUAUAUAGUUCAUUGCUGCAAAUAUAACAAUCCCUAUAAAUACUCAACAUCAGAUGUGUAAAACCUGCAAAAAACCUUACUGACCUUCUUAGAAGGGUUCUCUGGGGUAGGAAAUGAGCUCUUAGAACUAAUUUUUACUACUGUUCAGUCAAAGUGAAGCUUUUUUGUUCUAGCUGGGUUACAAAGGCUCUUGUUAAGGGGAUGGUUUUUAACCAAAGGUAUAUAUUUUUAUCUCAAAUUUUUUCUUGCAUUGUAUUUUUCUAAAGUUUUGCGCUUCUUUUCUUGGUAGCCAAAGUACAGAUCAUGGGAUUGUGUUCCUGUCUGUACUUCACUGACGGAAGAUGUAACUUGUGUAGGGAUGCUUCUCUUGCGCAGAAUCAGUGAUAUAGAAUGGGAAUUUGUUCUGUUCUUUCCAUGAAACCUCACUUAAGUGCUGUUGAUGGUAAUGAUGUUAAUGUACCUAUAGUUUUAUAGGCACUAUUUUCCAAAAUUGAACUUAAGGCUAGUGCUGGUAGGGAAGACCCUUACAGGCUGUGCUAAAGCUGACGCUUUGGAGUGUAAAUGGAUGCGUACUUAAUACUGCUGGGGCCCUGCACUUUAGCUGAUAAUUUACUAUGUUUUUCAGGGUAGUUACUUGUUUUCUGACGAGACAAACCCAUGGUUUGUGACAGGGCAAAGGUAACUGAGAAACUGGAAUGUCUGAUAGACAGACUAUAGCCCCUCUUUAGUGGGGCUCUCACUGAUAUUCAACAGGAGUGUGAUUUGGGAUUGGCAGUUGAUGCCUGUGUCUGUGAAAAGGCAGUAAUGCAUUCAGCCUCGCUGAACACAUCUGACCAACUUGCUGUACUUGAACUCCUCAGGGCCAGGUGCGCGGUGGUUUUGCUGGUAACCACUUAUGCACAUUGCAUUGCUAACUGGCAGAGAAAUCCCAGCUCCUGGGCCCGAGGGAUUGUUGCUGCUUUGGAGCAUCCCUCUUGCUAUAAUGUUGGAUGAAUGAUUUUAGCACUUUUGCCACUGAUGGCAAGCAAAUAAUGUACAAAGCCCUUGUUUCAACAGUAGUGUUUUGUGUGAAGAGAGUGACAAAUCCUAAUCUAUGAAUAGGGCAUUAUAAAUAUAUGAAGGUUUGUACAGAACAGCCAGUCUUGUUUGUGAACAGUUAGGCCUUACAAAAUGUCCUUUCCAUUGUGGUGUGGAGAGCUACUUUAAGCUGUGGUGGGGGUUCUAUUUAAUGUUCCUGAUGGUACUCCACUCAAUAUAGUGUUUCCUUGGUGAUGUCUAUGUUUUAUUUAUUGAUUAUUUUUUAAAAAAACCUUUGUUUAAGCUGAAUAAAUGAAGACUGCCAGAUGUA